AUGACCGAAGGCAUCAUCAUCGAAGAUGAGGUAAAGGCCCAACUGCAGGCGCUGAAGAGCACCAAGGCAGCGGGACCCGAUGAUAUUCACCCGGCUAUCCAAAAACCGCUGGCUGAGGUGCUUGCUGCACCACUAGCAAAGCUGUUUAACAGAUCCCUGCAAGAGGGACGGCUGCCGGGAGACUGGAAGGUGGCAAAUGUGGUCGUCAAACACAAAGGUGGGGAUAGAAACCAGGCUGCAAAUUAUAGGCCGGUUAGUCUAACCUGA